UAUAGUCAUCAUGGCAGCCCCCGGUUCAGUUGAUCUUGAGCUCAAGAAGGCUUUUCAAGAACUACAGAUCAAGAUGAUUGAUACAUCACAGCAGUUGAAGAUUUCCGAUGCCCAGAUAGAGCAAUUAAGGAGACAACAACACCACGCUAGACUAACAGAUAGCGAGCUGACUCAGCUGCCUCCAACGACGAGAGUCUAUGAAGGAGUCGGUAGAAUGUUUCUUCUUCAAGACAUUGCCAACAUCAAGGACACAUUAACUACCAGAGUCAAGGCGGCUGAUGAUAAGAUUAAGAAGCUGCAGAACAGCAAGGCCUACUUGGAGCGAACCUUAAAGGAGAGUGAAACAAACCUCAGGGAGAUGGUCGCCAGUAAGCAAGCUGCCAAGUCGUGAUGCUACUCAACGCCCCUCCCCCCCCCCCAUGUCCAACGACACCCUGUAUGCUGUGAAUUUAUGUCCUUUUGUUCCGUAAUGUCUGAUUGAUUAACUAGAUCUGUCCUCUGGGUAUGUUCAGCGUUCUCCCUUAAAGGGUCUGGGUACUUUUUGUACGACACAAAACACAAUGUCCACAGAUUUACACUAAACUUACACUGU